UAAAAUAUAUAAUAUGAGAAAUUGAUUUUAUUAAAUACAUCUGAUAGUUUAUGGAGUACUGAAAUGUUAAUUUUUAUGCGUUGUACUUGAAGAAAACCUACAUCAACCACAGUCAUUCAACAAUAUUACAGGUAUAGGAAUGUCCAGUACCAAUUCUACUAAAUUAAAUUUGCUGUACAAAAAAAAUAUGCCAUUUUGGAAAAGAAAAUGCUUUAUUUUAUCAGUUUUAAUUUCUACUGCUUUAAUCGGUUUAUCAAUAUUUUUCGUGGUAAACGAUAUUUUUAAUCAAGGUAGGAUUUUAAAUACAAAUAUUAAUUUAAAUGACACAUCACCAUCACCACUCAACGUGAGUUCUAACAAAAUACCCAAUAUAGGCCAACUAAAAAUUAGACAUUAUCGGACGGUUUUAGAUGAUGUUCAUGAACAAGAAAUAUCCGUCUCAUGUGAAUUAAAUAAUAGAAUAAUAAAACUUAAGAAUGAAAUAGAAAGACUUUACAAUAGUUUAACUCGGUUAGAUACUCAAUUUAAUAGAGAAAAACGGGGUCUGUAUGAAACAACUACGAUUGUUGAUUGUGUACAAAUGAAAGGAAAAUUUAAUAAAAUCUACGAGGACUUAAAUCGAAUAUCUAAAGCAUUAUCAAUGAUUGAUAACAAUGGAAUAUGCCGUUGUAAAUGUCCACUAGACACUAUCACGAUGGUCGACACCACAACUGAAGUUACACGUUCAACAGAAAUACCAUUUGAUAAAGUAACAUUCGCGUCAGGAAAUUUAAAUGAACAUACACCUAGUACAAUUGAAAAAAUAAAAGAAUCAAAAAAAAUUACAAUUCCUAAUAACAAACCUCAAAGUGUUACUAAUCAGUUUAGAAGUAUUUCUGAUCACGAAAUCAUUACUACGACUUCAGCCGGAGAAAAUGAAUUUACUACUGCAUUAUUAUCAACACUCGAAGAUACCACUAUUCAGAGAGACAACAUUGGAACUGUCGAUACAAAAGGAGACCUGUCACCGGAAAUGUCCAAUAUGGUAACUAAUUCUAUAAAACUUAAGGAUAAUGAUCAAAUAACUAUUGAACCACAAAUAUUAUAUCAUACUGAAAUUAUAACCAACAAUUAUGUAAACUUACAAACACAUAUUACUUCUGAUAUGCCAACCAGUUCAACAGAUAUUAUGGAUUUAAACGAAACUGUUCAAACAACAGAGUUAAAUAAUGACAGAUUAUCUACUGCACAACAGAAAGAGUUGAAUAGAGAAGUUAUUUUAAAAAUUACAACUGAAAAUGAAAAUAUUUCUGAGUCAACUACAGAAAUAUUGGAAUCAGAAAAUAAUCAUAAUAAUACUUAUAUUACAGAAACAACUCCGGAAUCGAUAUUUGAAAAUGAAAAUACUUCGAAGUUGACUAUAAGUAGAUCAGAACCUGAUAACAAUUAUGAUGUCGCUUAUAAUACAGAAACAACUUCGGAAUCUACAUCUGAAAAUGAAAAUAUUUUAGGAUCGACUACAGAAAUAUUAAAACUUGACAAUAAUUAUAGUAAAACAUAUACUACAGAAACAACUUCAAAAUCGACAUAUGAAAAUGAAAACUUUUCAGUUUUGACUAUAGAAAUAUCAGAACUUGACAACAGUUAUAGCAAAACAUAUGUUACAGAAACAACUUCAGAAUCGAUAUCAAAAAUUGAAAAUACUUUCGACUCAAUUACAGAAACACCAAAACCUAACGAUAAUAAUUAUAAUAAUUAUAAUAACACUAAUGUUACGGAAAGAACAGUUGACUUGAUAUUUGAUAACGAAAAAAUUACGGAAAUGUCAACUUCCAAUAAAAAUGACGAAAAUAUAGUUGUAAAAGAAAGAACUUCAUCAGAAGACCGUGAAAAUCAUGACGAUAAACAAAAGAACGAACAAAAUACUAAUCAUUCAACAAUUAUAGGUAACACUAACGUAGAAAACUUAAACCAUUCAAAUCUCAGCAACAAAGGCGACGACAAAAGUACUUUGCAGCAGCUUGAAGUGAUACAGCAACAAGUACUACCGAAAUCGUAUCCAAUAUGCUUUUAUCCAGUACCGUGUUCGCCAAAUUUAGUGAAUUACCAACAAAAUAAACAAGAUAUGAAUAAAAAUACAAUACAGUAUUCGGCACAGUCGCUGAACACAUAUAAAAAAAAACCGCCUGUUGCCACGGUGAUUCAAAACGAUUAUCCAGUUUUGUUAAUUUGUCGAACGGACGUAGUUUGUUCGGUCGCCGAUUUUGCGGGGCAAUCUAACAGGUUGCACUGUAUGUAUUCUGUGAACGUAAACAAAAAUAAUGAAUAUACUUCGAACCAAACUAUAAAAAACAACGAUAACAGAACGAAAAACGCAUCCGUGACGAGGGCCAAAAGCGCAAGAAACAAUGACGACAUUUUAACAGGUAAUCUCGAAUGUCCGUCGAAUACGUUUCCAUGUGUAGACAAUUCCGGAUGUGUAGACACCGAAAACUGGUGCGACGGACGAAUACAUUGCAAUGACGCGAGUGAUGAAAGCCAAUGUAAUUGCAAACAGCGAAUAGACAAAGAUAAAUUAUGUGACGGAUAUUAUGACUGCCCGAGCGGUGAAGACGAAUUGGGUUGUUUCGGUUGCAAUAACGAAACGUUUAGUUGUGGCGAUUGGGAUAUUGUUUCACAGCGUUCCAGCUGUUUCGAAAGACAAAACCGUUGUGAUUAUAUUAAAAAUUGCCCUAACGGCCGCGAUGAAGAAGAAUGCACUUUACUAUCUAGACAUCUCGAAAAUCCUAAUCAAAUAUUUUUCAUCUCAUACUCGUCCGGUUACCUGCACCAUAACUGGAAAGGAAAUUGGUACCCGAUGUGUGGUAACGAUAACAUUGAUACAUGGGCGGAAAAAGCGUGUACGGUUGAAUCUGGAGAAAUGUCGAAGCCAAAUAAAAUACAGUUUAUAAAUGAGCUGACUACUUAUGACGGUCCGUAUAUCAAUAUCGAUAAAAAUAAUCAAAUUAUACUAUCAAACGAAUGCAAGCAGCAAGGGAUCUUUGUCGAAUGUGAACAAGAAAUUUGUGGCAUACGUUCUGAUCUUAAAUUCAACAAAAAUAUUGAUCCUGAUAGAUUGAGAAGAAGCUCGUAUUUAGAGUCAUCGAAUAACAUCACCUCGCGCUUUACAAGGUCAAAAGAUCCGAGAGUAGUUGGAGGCGUCGCCAGCAACCCUGGCGCAUGGCCGUGGCUCAUUGCACUUUACCAAGACGGCAUAUUUCAUUGUGGUGGUGUCAUAUUAAAUGAUCAAUGGGUGUUGACUGCUGCGCACUGCGUUAAUCAGUACAAUAAACAUUUUUAUGAAGUACAAGCCGGAAUUUUGCGAAGAUUUUCGUUCUCACCAAUGGAACAAUCGAGAAUAGUAACACACGCAAUAAUCCACACUCAAUAUAGUAGAUCAACCAUGGAAAACGAUUUGGCCGUAUUACGAUUGGAUCGCGGUCUAGAAUUUAACCGUUGGGUUCGCCCAGUGUGUUUGCCUGAUAAUAAAUUGAAUUGGAUUCCAUUCCCGGGAACAAUGUGUACAGCUGUUGGUUGGGGAGCUACGGUCGAACAUGGACCAGAUCCGGACAACAUGCGAGAAGUAGAAGUGCCGAUUUUAGCCGAGUGUACGCAUAAAUCUGAUAUAGAGGGUAAAGAAAUUUGUGCCGGAUAUUUGAGUGGUGGUCACGAUACUUGCCAAGGAGAUAGUGGAGGUCCGCUACUUUGCAGAGAGCCCAACAAUCUGAAUAAAUGGUAUGUGGCUGGCAUAGUUAGCCACGGUGAAGGAUGCGCAAGACCUAUGGAACCCGGAGUAUACACUAGAGUCGCAUUGUAUAUGGAUUGGAUUAUUAAAGCUACUGAAGAGUUCAAUUUGCCACUAGACCGUCCAUUACAAUAUUGUCCAGGAAUUCGAUGUAAUACCGGAAAACAAUGUAUUCCAACAAAACGUCAAUGUGAUAAGUAUGUGGAUUGUAUGAAUGCGGAAGACGAACAAAAUUGUGAUUACACAGGUUCUCAGUAUCAUGUAAAUUUGUAUCGGUCAAGAAAUACUGAUCGUAGCAAUUUGAAGUACAGUAAAUUAAAAAGUGCUGGACAGCCAUCGCGAGAUUUUAAUACGAAUUUCACGGUCACCAAUUCCAAACGAACACCAACAACGGUAGCAUUUGUAGGAACGAUCUCAACACCAUUACCAAAAUAUGACGUCAACACUACUUCCCAGGACAGAGACCUCGUUAAAAUCGAAAAUAGAACCACCGAUGCGGUUAUCGAAGGAAAAAUUAAUAGUAAUAAUAUAACGAGACUAAAUGAUACGGUUUUCAACGCCUUAAGACAACUUUUCGACAACCAGUUUACCGAAGAAACGUUCAGUUGUAAAAGAAUAUCUCAAGUGGUGUUGUCCAACCACCGCUGCGACGGCACGGUGGACUGCGAGGACGGGACUGACGAAGAGUCCUGCGACUGCAAAACGAGACUGGCGAACAUGUACAAUUCGUCGGCUAUCUGCGACGGGGUUGUAGACUGUCACGACGGUGCGGACGAGGCCGGUUGCGUUACGCCCAAGUGCAAAACUGACGAGACUACUUGCGGCUGGCCGAUAAAAUGCAUCAAAAGAAAAGCGUGGUGCAAUGGGCACGUCGACUGCAUCGACGGCAGUGACGAGAAACACUGCGUGGCGAUCACGAACGGCACUACAGCCGUCACAUCGGACGCAACCGGACGACCGACGUUACGACGAUCUGGCAUGGUGGCAGUGAACCGCAACGGUGUCUGGAGGGUGAGGUGCAUGCACGAUAAUGAUGUGGUUGCCAAGAUCGCACACGAAACGUGUUUAAGCCUAGGCUACUCGCAUUCAGAAUACUACGACAAGAAAAUGUCGUGGAAUAGUGCUCUACCCUUGAAAACGAACAAGUUGAAACUCACCGACAUAUGUCAAGGACUCUACGUGGUGUGUAGUGGCCGGAAGACGGUAGAUGAGAAACGGUACUAUUGGCACGUCGACAUCUUAGUGGACGGUACGCUCGUUCAGUCCGGAGUGUUACUAAAGGACUCGUGGGUGCUUGUCAAAAGGACCGGUUUAAAAUUACACAAGUCGUACGUAACGGCAGUGUUGGGUGGUAGCACGUACUCGAUCAUCCGGAUCAAGUCACCAUACGAACAGAUCAUAAGAGUCGAUGGGAUCAGAAAAGUUCCAGGCACAGAUUUCGAUUUGCUUCAUUUGGCUAGUUCGGUAACUUUAAGCAGAGGUGUAACGCCGCUGGACGUGCUGCCCUUUCAACCGUCGCCCCAGCCGAACGGUACAUGCUACGCGAUCGGCUACAUGAACGACCGGCGCAACAAUAAUAAAACUGAAGUUGCGUUCCUUCGUCCGGAUACAGGACUAUGCGACGACCCUAACACUUUAUGCUUUACUGUGUCACAAAUACCCCGAUCGUGUUCAAAUGGAAAAAAUAUAUCUCACGUGACCGCGGUCAUCUGUCAGUCAAAUUUCGGUUUGUUUCUGGCCGCACCGUCAAUUCAGUUCGACAUGAACCUAUGCGAUCGUAACGCGCGAGUCCGGUUACCAAUGGCUGAAGACCUAAUGAACGAAAUCGCCAUCAUUACUGAUGAAAGCAUAAAACCAACACCCAUCCCCUUUUGUGGAGGAAAACGCUGUGAACUCGGCGAUUGCGUUCCGUGGGAAAGAGUGUGUGACGGUGUGCCGGAUUGUCGUGACGAACAAGACGAAACGAUUAAAAUGUGCGAAGAACGUUCUGAGAAAUGCAAGACCAACGACACUCUAUGCAUAUGCAACGUGGGCAGCUUUCGUUGCAACAACGACAAAUGUGUGGAGAAAACUGCAUUUUGCGAUGGAAUCGACAACUGUGGUGACGGAACCGAUGAACCAAAGACAUGCCAGAAAAACACGUGCGUGGACUAUCUAAAGCUCACGGCCCCGGAAAGAUUAUGUGACGGACGUUGGGAUUGUUUAGACAAGACGGACGAAGAGUUCGCGAACUGUCCCGGUUACUGUAAUAGAACGAACGUUUAUCAUUGUCAAGCAUCGGACAAAUGUAUAUCAUCGGAACUAGUGUGCGACGGUGAAGAAGAUUGUCCCGAAUCCGACGACGAAGCAGAAUGCAUUGGAUUAAUCACUUCAGCUGGAAAAAGAAACGAAGGCGUGUUAGCGGUAAGGUCGUACGGGCACUGGCACGAGCAGUGCAUAACUGAAGACUACACAAAUGUCGAUUACCAUUCGCUGUGCAGAGGACUGGGAUUCAGGCAUGCGGUGGGCAUAAAAAAGGCCGACGGCACCGGUGUGGACUUCGAGAACUUCAUGAUCGUUCAGUUGAACGCAGUCACGGACGUCACCAUCCGGUCAGCGACCAAAAACAUCUUACAGCGGCGGACGGACCACGCGUGCACCGCCACGUACGUGGUGUGUUCUAGCAGCUAA